AUGAACCAAGACCAUCGAUGUCGGGUGACAACACAGUUUGCCGCCGACAUCGCACGGCGGACCGGCAGUCAGAAGGCCAACCGAAAGAAGCUCGUCGAAGCUGUCGCGCUCGAUGAAGAUGAGCUAAGACGCUUCGACUCGGCACUGAAGAAAACGACCGCUUUCAUGCGGAAAUUAAAAACCGUUGGUGCUGGAGCUGGGGCGGCGUUGAUCGACGAGAUGUCGAAGUUGAAUCUGAGCAAAUUUGUUGAUGAGAUUGCGGCGGCCCUGGGCGAACUGCGGUUGAAGCUCUCCGACGUCGCGUUUAUUGUUGAGUUCUGCGUGGCCGUCUCCUCACGCUACGCCUCGUUUUCCGAGUUGUUGUUAGCGACUUUUCGCAAAAAUCUUCCACUCAAGAAAUCCGAUAAGGUCACCAAUCCGAGCAAAUUGCGCAUCGAUCUCCGGUUGUUAUUCGAGCUCUUUCUAAACGGCGUAUUCGCAAAGGAGGGGCUUCAAGUCUAUGGCGCUGCGCUGUCGUUUUUGGUGCAAACAGACAAGACGGAGCACGUUCAUGUCGGAUUGAUAAGCGGCUUGUUGACGCAGGUUGGAUGGGAGAUGGCCUUCGUCGUUCCUACGACAUCCAAAGGAGAUGACGUCGCCUCUGAAGAUCUGCCCGUUACUGAAGCGCUGACCCGCGAGCAAAUGCUGAUGAUGCGCCAAUUAUUUUUCGAUUACCACAAAAGUCUUGCCGAGCGGACAGAAAAAGCGUGUCGUUCCAUGAACGUUGUGCAAAAGCGAGUGAAAAAGCAGGAGCGAGUACGAGGAGACGCCUCACAGGAAGAUCGUACCAACCUGGAGACGGCCAAGCAGCACUACGAGUCCUUGAAAAAGCUAUUGGCCGAGUUGAGCGAGGCUCUCGGUGCCGACGUGCCUACAUAUAGCGAAGUUCCCAGCGAAGACGAGGAAGAUGAGCUGGCUGCGCAACUUAUUUCAAUGGCUCUCGAAGAUGGAGCCCUGAGUUUAUGGCCAAGUGAAGAGACGCGUGAUUUUUAUGAAAAGCUCGUCAAUAUUCGCGAGUUGGUGCCGAGCUCGUGCUUCAAGGAGUCCGAAAUCUCGACUACGCCAGCAACAGCGUCAAAAGAGGGCCUGACGAUCGACGAAAUCAAUAUGGAGGACCUGGAGAAUGAGCAUAGUGAAAUGGAUGAGGUGCCGGCUGAGCCAGCCUCAAUUUCCACCGAGGAAGUGAAGAAUGAAUUGAUUGAUAUUGAGGUUGAGAAUUCGAGGGCUGCUAUCGAGAUGCGAGAACAGAUGAAGGCAUUCCUCGACGAAUUGACACAUUGCCUCAAUCAAGAACGGAUAGACGAAGCUGCGCCAAAAUUCGUGAAGGAGCUGAACACCAAGAUUAAUCGUCGAAAGCUGGUGCGGUUCCUUUUCUCUGAGGCCCACCCGAAUAUGCUGCCGUUCUGCGCCCGACUGGUGACCACCCUGGGACCGGUGAUGCCCGAUGUGCCCGUGGAAUUGACGGCGUUGCUGAUUGAACGUUUUCGGCAUGUGGUUUUGCCAGCGGUUGAUCAAUAUUUUUGCAGUGAAAUCAUCAGCGGAAAGCAUCGCGCCGAUUUUCUGGAUAAAAAGACGAGGAUCGUGCAAUUCAUCGGCGAGCUGGUCAAGUUCGGCACGAUCGGGCGGGCAGAGGGGCUAAGCUGUCUUCGACAACUCGUAUAUCACUUCCGUGGCACCUUUGUCGAGUUGACGUGUAUGAUGUUGGAAACCUGCGGGCUAUAUCUUUUCCGAAACGCCGACAGUCACCCGAAAAUGAAACAACUCAUUGACGUCAUCAUGCGCAAGAAGGACCAUAUCAAGGAUAUGAAGCAGAAUAUGAUUAUCGAAAACGCCUACUAUUCCGUAUGCCCCGACGAGUCUCGAAUGGCCGCCCGGCCUCAGCGACCGCCGAUGCUGGAGUUUGUCAUGAAUCUGGUCGUCAAUAUCUCCGAAAAUAACAUCAGCACCCAUCUGAAGCUGCUGCGACGUCUCAACUGGAUCGACCCAGAAAUUUGCCGUCAGUUUUUCGUGUCUAGCAAAAAUCACUACUUUCAGAAUUCGCGAUCUGGUGCCUAUCGUCGCCCUGGUUGGUGCCGUUUCCCCCGCCUUCGCUACCUUGCCUCCGCCGUUUCCGGCCUUUCCGUGGUCGCGAAUCACGAAUGGGUGGCAAACGUCGUCGUGGAUAAUAUCUUGGACACUAUCCGCACGUCCCUCGAAUUUGACGUGGAUGCGCUGAACCAAAAGGCCAUUGCUUGCGUGGCGUUCCUGGGGGAGCUCUACAACUACAGCUGCAUCGCCACACCACUCGUCAUGAAGGCAAGGGAUAUUUAUGUCCGUCAUGGU